AUGUGUGCUGUAGAACAAACAUAUAAAGAAAAAAAUGACUUCGAACAACAGCGACACAAUCCGUUGCCGACUAGCGGUAACAACGACGCGUCCAUAAAAAAUAAUAGCGAAGAAUACGACAGUGGUAACCAACUACAGUACAUCAACACGACGCCGCCUCUAAUCGAGUUUCUGCGAUGCUAUGUCCGAGUUCAACGCUGCCAAUUUGGAUCAUUUUUGACAGAUUGA